AAAAGUCGGGCUCGGAAUUGUAAGUUAUUUGUGUCACUUCCGUUAAUAUGCAGCAUCUAACGACUGCAAAUAUGUUCAACUAAAACAACGUCAGAUAUUCUUCAUGAGCUUUUUGAGAGGAUGCCAGCGAGCAGUGGUGUUAUGGGGGAGGAGUUUGAAUCGGUUCCGCUGCAGCCAUUUUUACACCAGGUCAGUGGACACACGGGGAUGUUCCGGUUUGACGACCAGACCGUGUGUAAACCACUGAAUGUCAGAGAAUAUAACUUCUACCUCAACGUUCCACACAACCUCAAACAGUUCACUGCUGAAUUCAGAGGAACUAUAGAAGUGGAGAUCCGUGAGGACAGUGAUGGGUAUGUGACAAUUCUGGGUCGUUUACCCUUGUCAACUAAAUGGCAAAAAUCAUCCAACGGUGAAAGCCUUGCAGGCAGGGCUCAACAGACAGAUAAGAAAGAGGAGGGACAACACAGUUUGCGACUUUUGAGGAGUGGCAGUGUAGAAAUGAGUACGCAGACAGACCAGGUAUUCCACUCCCGAGACUCUGACCGUAAAACAGAAAACAUCAACCCCUGGAGUCUGAGGUGUCACAAGAAGACAUUGUCUAAACUGAGGAAAGCUAACCAAGGCCCUGUCACACACUGCAAGUUUAUAUUGUUGGAGAAUGUGGCAGCACAGUUCUGUCACCCAAGCAUUCUGGACCUGAAAAUGGGAACCAGACAACAUGGAGAUGAUGUCUCUCCUGACAAGAAGGAAAGAUUUAUGAAGAAAUGUCAGAACACAACAUCCAGCAGCCUAGGGGUCAGGGUGUGUGGGAUGCAGGUUUAUCAGGAAGACAGUGAUAAAUAUAUUUGUGUUAAUAAAUACUAUGGGAGAAGUUUGGGAGUUGAUGGCUUUAAACAGACCUUGCACCAGUUUCUUCACAAUGGCUUUGAACUGAGAAAGGACCUGCUGGAUCCCAUCAUUAAAAAACUCAAAGACCUUCACAGACAGGUGCAGUCACUUGACACAUAUCGUUUCUACUCUAGCUCUCUCCUCAUUAUGUAUGAUGUACGCUCACAGGAGGAGCGCCCAGACAAAGACUUGGGGAGUGAUGAAGCCAGUGCCCAGUCUAAUAUUGUCGAUGUCCGGAUGAUCGAUUUUGCCCACAGCACCCAUAGUGGGUUUCAGAAUGAUACCACAGUCCACACGGGGCCAGACCAGGGCUAUCUGUUUGGACUGAAAAACUUAAUUGAUGUUUUUACAGACAUGCGAUGAUUGUUCUUAUAGAAGAACAGCGAUCACUCAGUUUGUGGAUGAGGUUCUGGAGGAGAAAUGUGCCCAGGAAUUGUUAUGUUCAAGGGGUUGCUUCUCUGGUUGAGCCAAGUGUUUCUGAUUCUCACUCAUUAUAAACCUUGGCCUAUUGUUCUAUACUUUUUUUUUUACUUUUUAUGCACAUACCAAGUAUCUGGAAGCUUCUACUGUUGCUAGCAAAUGGCAUCAAAAGGAAAUUGUUUCAUUGUCAAAUCUGAUGUUUUAAAAGCACAACAAGAUAAGGUUUUAUGAGGGAGAGAACUACUUAAGGAGUAACAGAAACACUUGUCUUGCAAAAGAUGUUAAGACUUCCCACAUAAUUGACUUUUGAAUUGUUUGAGCUCUACAUUGUUCUUUAUUUUGGAGAGAGCUCACUACUAGUGAGUAUUAUUUGAAUGAUUAUUAUGGCAUUAUGUACAGUGAACUUUUAGGGAGAAAAAAAUUAAUUUAAUUUUGCAGUAAUGAGAAGUUGGGAGUGGUAAAGGAAAAAAUCUGUUCAAAUUUAAUUUCUUGUCAUGGUCGGUUGGCCAAAGGGAACUUAACAUGAAAAUCAAGAUAUUUUAAGUAUUAUUGAUUCAUAACAAACAGACUUUUUUCUGUAGAUUUAUUACAGAGUUGUUAAAAAAGGGGCACUGAAACACCCCCCCAUAAACCUAUUAAAUAAAUAAAUAAUUUUUUAAAAAAAAAUACAAAGUAACCUAAAACAAAAAUGAAUUACAAAAAAUAUAUCAAUAUGAUCUAGUUAAACAAUAAAAAGGAAAAAGUUUCCACGGUGAAUGCAACAACAGGAGAUUUUUUUUUGGAAACUUGAUGAGAAUGUGAGUUAUCCUGUAUUUCUAAAAUUUGAUAUUUUAUAUAAUAUGUAGUAGGGAAGAUCUUUAUUAUUUAAUUUGACCAUGAGAUAUAUUUAUAUAGCACAGGUACAUUACCUUAUGUAUUUAUGUAAAUAUAUUGCUAUUGAUUUAAUGGUCAGGUUGUUAAUGAAACUUUUGUCCUCAGUUUUAAUGAUGUUUUAUCAAUUGUAGAACAAUUUUACUUUGUCUCAAUUAUUUUUCUUAGAUCUCAUGAAAUAAAAGAAUGGCUUUUUUUUUUAAUAUAUUUUUUUUUUUACAAUAUUAUUACUGUGUAUACAGGUAAAGAGAAACAUGCAUGUAUUUUAAAUUUUCAAUUGUGUUUGUAAGAUACUGUGGAAUCAUCAUUGUUUGUGGGAGAUCAAUGUUUGUGGAUUUCAAGGGUCACCCUUUCCCAUGAAUUUACAUCCCUGCAACUAAUAAUUUUGUCAAUGUACGGUUCUUUGAAUCUCUUUUGUUUUGAGUUAACAACAAAAUUACACCCCUAUGAACCAGCAAAAUUAUGAUUACCAAUGAAUAUUGAAUCCCCACAAAUUAAAGUGAUUCCACAGAAAACGAUUUAUGAACUAUAAAACUGGAUAGUUGAAGCUUAUUUGCCUGCCAUUGUUGUUCCCGCUUGUUUGGAAGUAUUCCAUUUCUUUGAUAAUAUUUUGAUAUUUUAAAUACCAUACACUUAAUAUCUUGGUAUUAGAUUCAAAAACUGUUAAAAGCCAAAAACAUCAGAAAUUUUAAUGCAAGGGAGAUGUUUGUGUUUUGUGCAAGAAAAAAAACUAUCAAUACCCAGUAAUUUUUUAAAUUACAAAAUGUGAUGUAAAGAUGUCUCAUUUUAAUUGUUGCAUGUGUUAUCCAGGUUUUACUGGGUAAUUUAAUUCAUUGUUAGAGAUAUUUGGUAUUUUGGGAUAUUGUUUCUGGUAGAGGUUUAGAUUUUUCACAAAGGAGCCUUACAUUGCACCAUUCUGAUUAUCACGGAACUAUAUUUGUUAACAAAUUUGCUGAAUGGGUCACUGUAUCAUUAUGGAAUCUGAGAUGAUUUAUAAAUAUGUUAAACCUACUCCAUUGAACCACUAUUGGUUGUCAUAUUUCUGAAAAUUCUCUCUUGCAUUCCAGGAGCUUUGGCAGCAUCUUUUUUCACUUAAUUUUGUUUCUGUCCAUUAAUGUUCAUGAAACUCAUUGUCAUUCAUCAGCACAUAUUUAGAUUUUUUUACUCUGUGUUUUAUGUUUGUUCAGUUCUUCUGUGUCUUGUUUUAAGACUGUAACAUAAUUUUGUGUUGUGAACAGAAUAAUUCUCAUUUCUGAACUCAUGUCCACCACGGUUCUCAUCUCAGGGAGUCAAUCAUCUACAAAAUUAAGCAAAGUUAAGGAUGGGGGACCAGCAAACUAGUUCUGACAAAUGAGAUCACAAAGUGAAGAAGAGGACCAGUCUAAUAGUCAUGUGGCCUCUUGUACCCUUCAAAUAAGUUAUUCACAAAUUCUACUGUAACCUUUAAGUAAAAUAUUCAGAAUGAUUAGAAGAAAAUGAGAUUAGAUGUCCAUGUAAUUUUCUUGUUAUGGUGCACUUGUGUUUUAGAUCAUACUGCUCUCUCAACAAAUUGUCUCAAGCGGAAUUCAUUUUGUUGCACACAUCUGGAAUUUUACUUUCAGCACAGAGGAAUACUAGUAUAUCAUUAAUAAAUUAAUCAAGUUCUUGUCUUUUGUUUAGUUUAAUCAGGUAGAUGCACGUAUUAGGAAUCAACCACAGAGAUUAUGAAUAGCAUUGUUGAUUGUGAGCCCUGAAUGUUAUUGCUAAAUGGAUUGUGAUCAAGAUAUUUGUUGAUAGAUAUCUCUUGUGUUGUACAUGUUAACUUUGCAAUAAAAGAGAAUACAUCUUUCAAA